CUGCGCACAGGCGGCGGUGCGGGCGCAAUUUUGCGCGCGGAGCCGCGGGAGGCAAGGCAACAUUACCUCUCCUCCUCCUCCGGUGCGCUUAAGCCAGGCUGUCGCCCCCCACCCGCGGCCAGGAGGCGGCGCCGGCGAGACGGCUUUGGCCGGCAGGCUCCCUUUUUAGCUUUGCUAGGCAGAGGGGGCGGGAAAGAAACCCUGCAAAGCGAUUGCGCUCCCCGCUUUUCUCCCUUUUCUCUCCUCCACCGCUUUCCUUUCUCCCCUCGACCUGCCGCCUCCGGGGGGUUAUUGCAAGGAUACCGGAGCAGGAGCAGCAGCGCAUCCUCGCCUGGGAAGGGGGGAACGUGGGAAAGGACGCCCAAGGACAAGGAGGGACCCGAUCUCGGAUGCUGAGCCCGGGGGUCUGUGCGUGGUCCCAGCCACCGGCUCGCCCCGGCUCUGCCUCGCCUUCUCGGGAGAGCGAUCCUUUGGGGACCCAGCACCCGGCGCCCCCCCUGGCUGGCUGCGAUGGAGCUGCGCCUCGCCCCGCCGUACCUGAAGAAUGAGGCUUGCCGAAUGUCUAGAAGCCUCUGGAUUCCUGUCCCGCCGGAGCUGACAAGGUGCCGGACGUCGCAAGGGCUGGAGGUCGCAACCGAAGGUGAUUCUAUAACGUCAAGGCACAUCCAGGGCGUUUCUCCUCUGUCUGUUCCAGAGUCUUCCUGAGAAAGCCAGAGGGAUCCUCGCUCGCUCCUGGCCGGGACUGGAAAUUGGAUACUGGCUCACAGCUGUUUGCACAGGGACUCUGUCCCUUGUGCUGAGGCCAGGCUGUCGCCCCCGAUGUGCCCACCCUCUCCGAGGAGAAGAAAUGAAGCAGAGAUGAACGCUGGCAAUGGGGCACGACCCCUCUCUCCCUGGAAGCUGGAUCCGCUGCCGCGUGGGGGGCAAAGGCCCCCCGAACCGUCCCGGCACGCUCUGCCCCUGGUCUUCACAGUCUUUGUCUGGCUGGCCACGGGGACCACCAUGUCCAGCCUCAACAAGUGGAUCUUUGCCGUCCACAACUUCCGCUACCCGGUCUUGCUCUCCUCCCUGCACAUGUUGACGGCCGUGCUGGUGGGCAACCCUUUGGCGAAGCUGCGGGCCAGCAGGGCCGGGCACCCCGCCCCGUGCCCUGGUGCCAAGGGCAGGGUUUUCCUGCUGAGCCUGACCUUCUGCGCCAGUGUGGCCUUUGGGAACCUGGGACUGAACUACGUCCAGCUGGACUUUGCCCAGAUGGUUUACACCACGACGCCGUUCUUCACCCUGACCCUCUCCAAGGUGCUUCUGGGGAAACACCACCACCCCCUGCAGUACGUGGCCAUGGGGCCCAUCUGCCUGGGGGCUUCCUUGAGCAUCGUCGGGGAGGUGCAUUUCGACCAAGCCGGCUGCUGCUUCCUGUUUGCCGCCACUUUCCUCCGCGGGCUGAAGUCCAUACAGCAAAGUACCUUCCUGCAGGAGGAGCGCCUGGACUCGCUGACCUUGCUCUGCCUCACCUCCCUGCCCAGCUUCUACAUCCUCUUUGCGGCCGCCCUGGUCCUGGAGGUGGGGCCCGCCUGGGACGGCACCCUGGCCUACGGAGGGGGCCUCUGGGCCUGUGUGCUGCUCAGCUGCCUGGGCUCGGUACUGUACAACUUGGCCAGCUUCUACGUCAUCUCGCUGACGUCGGCCCUCACCAUACACGUCCUGGGGAACUUCAACGUGGUGGGCAACCUCCUGCUCUCCCACUUCCUCUUUGGCAGCCGCCUGACGCUGCUCAGCUACGCGGGCAUCGCCCUCACCCUCUCGGGGGUCUUCAUGUACCAUCACUGUGACUCCAUCGCCUCCUGCUGGCGCUCCAGGGGUGGGCGGGGCAAAGAGGAGUAAGCGGAGAGAGGGAGGACGUGAUUGAAGCUGUGACUGCCAAUCGCGGGAGCCAUAGGGCCAAUGGGGUGGGGGGGGGCUGCCCUGCCAACCUCAGCCUGUUCUUGUCCAGCCCCCAUCUGGUCCAGGAGGGUUGGCACUGGCUGCCCGCUUCCUGCUCCCCGGUCUCAGUGUCGCUCAGCCGGGAGGAGGACGGGGACAAAACUAGAAUGAGUUGACUCAGCCUGCUCUCUGGCGCCACCUACUGUUGGGCUCCCUGCUUUCUGCCCUACCGGUGGGCACCGGCCGCCACGAAGAGUUAGGGUGACUCUGAAUACCCGUUGUUGGGAAUUGCAGGUGGGCAGAGUGUCGGUUUGCUCAGGUCCCGCUUGCAAGCUUCCAAUUGGGGCAUCUGGUUGGCCACUGUGAGAACAUGAUGCUGGACUAGAUGGGCUUGAUUCAGCAGAGUUGCUCUUAUGUUCUUACACCACCACUGCAGGCGGUGGCACUGCCGGCCAGCUUCCUCCCCUCGGUGUUGCCCUUGCGGAACUGCAGAAAGGAGGACGGGGACAAAAGCUGCAGUGAGUUGGCUCUGCCUGUCAUUGGCUGUGGCACCACCUACUGUUGGGCCUCCCUGCUUUCUGUCCUGCCAAUCCCAAUGGGUGCCAGCCACUACUGCCGAAGGUGUGCCUCUCCUCUCUGAUGGAUCAUAGCAUGCCUCUGGUACGUUGCGGGGGGGACAGUGGGCGCUCAUGAUCAGCAGAUGCCAGAGUUGUGGGAAGGCUUAUCCUCCUCCAAAUAACUCAGCCCCACCUGACCCCUGAGCCAUUUUACGCACUGGGCAAGAGCUACAGCAGAAGGUUUUUAGAGGAAGCCAGGAGACGCCACCUCUGCCCACCGAAGGAUUUGACGGCACGGGGUGCAGGGAUUAGAUGCUGCGUAUCUGAAUUCUCACCUACAUAGAAUCUUUUUUUAAAAAAAUAUUUUUAAAAUCCCUGCCCCUAGAAAGCCAGCACCUUGGGAGAGAGAGGGUUCUCUUCUCUUUUUCUCCCUGAUGUGCUAGAUUUCUACAUGCAGGUAGUCUCCCCAGCUCCUCUGAGGCAGAUAAUUCAAACAUGCAGACUCUGGGGAAGAGAGAAGGGAAGAGCGGAUCUGCCUCAGCAGAGCCCUCUGGCACCAGCCGCUACUUCUCAUAGGGCUAAAAAUUGGGGGGAAACCAAGUGUUUCCUUCUUUUAAAAAAAUGUUGAGACUUGAAUGUGUGCUGGAGUGCACCUCUGAUCUCCGCAAGCCGCUUGGCAGCCAUGCCAAUUCUCGUGCCAGUUCCUCUCCAACCCCUCCGAGGGCACUGUGGGAUUGAUGCCCGCAGAGGGAGGUGGCACAGAGUUCCUCCUUUCCUUGGGUAGGGCUCCCCACUAGGUACUAAAGUACUGAAUGAGGAGCUCCCAUAUAGGAGGAACAUGGAGAUGAAAAGUGGGGUGUUCAGGACAUGCAUGUGUGUGUGUGUGUGUGUGUGUGUGCGUGUGUGUGUGUGUGUGUCUAUUUCCGUUCUCUACUGCCACCUGGUGGGGUGGCGUAUAGUGCAAUUUUUAUGGAUGGAUGUUUUAUUUCUGCGCUGCCUGCUAGUGGGUUAAGGGUGUGUGUGUUUGAGAGAGAGAGCGAGAAAGAGUGCAUGCACAUUUGCUUAUGAAUAGACACCCAUUAGUAUUUCCUUAUCCUCACUGGGCUACAUCAAGGAUGAGGAGAUCUGUAGCCCUCCGGCUUCCUUUGGACUACAGCUCCCAUCAGCCCCAGCCAUCCUUGUCAAUGGUUAGGGAUGAUGGGAAUUGUAGUCCCAGCAUCUAGAGGACUAUAAAGGUCCCCCCAUUCCUGGACUAGGUAACUCCUACCUUAGGGUGCUCAUUUGCUUUCGGUGGAUGAAGAAAAUCUUUACUUGUGGCUUGUGUGAGUAUAUUCGAAGGGCAUUUUCCACCUGCCUACCAGAUUCACUGAAAUCCUCUGAUGAAUGGGCACCCAUUACCACCGGUAGUGGGUGAAAAUGGUCAGUAUUACUUUCCAUGGGGUAAAAUGCUUUUGGACACGUUUGAAUUUGUUUACUUGUUGUUUCAGGGUGGGGAUGCACCCCGUUUUUGAAGGAGUCAAGGUCAAUCUGUGCACGCAGAUCAAAUCACAUGGCGCAGAAUUCUCUUGGACCAAUUUCUGCUUGCACAUGGAAGUCUAGCAUGUGAGGGGGGGAGAGUUCUAGCCCACCCGAACUCCCUGGGAGGCUAGCUUUCUACACGCAGGGAAGUGUUCGCUCUGCAUUCGUUGGUGUCCGUUCCUGCGGUUCGACGUGGAACUCAUGUGUCAUGUGGUUCACCAGCAAGUGUUGAUUGGCUUUCAGCCACCCCUAUAGAAGUGGAUUGUUGUUUCCCCCUUACGACACUGGCUGUCCUGCAUUGCGUUUUACAUGCUCUCCAAGCGGAGGCUAAUGUACAUAUCUGCAAUGUCUGCAAGAUGUGCCAAUGUCGGCUUGCUGUCAUUUAUAGCAAAGGGGGUUCGAUAAUCAGUGUGUGUGUGUGUGUUGGUCAGGCUUCUCUGACCUGGCACUCUCCAGAUGUUUUGUUCUUCCAUUUCUACCAGACCCUACCAGCACAGCUGUUUUGAACUACAACUACAGCCAUUCUGGCUGGGGGCUGCUGGGAGCUGUAGUCAAAACAUCUAAGAGGAUGUUUUGGAGGAAGACUGGGUUCCGGAUAUCAAGGGCAGAGCCAACACAUUUGUCCCUGGUGAAAAGGCUGUGGAUACAGGCGUUUCCCUACUCAAGUGUAAAGGGAAACAUAAAGGCUGAACUGACCCCCACGUAGCCUGCCAGAAUCAAUUUGGUGCAGCAGAAAGAACUGUUAGCAGAUUAAUAAGAUUGCCACUAGAAGGCUAGCCGUGAACACUUAGCAGCGCUGGGUGUGUGUGUGGCCAAAUGUUUUUGCCAGUGUGUAAAUUAUUCAACUUUUUUUUAUUUACCAUAUGUGUGUGUCUUUUUUGGGAGGGGGGAAGGGUCGAAUUAGGUUCAGCCCUAGCCACUUUUGUGCCCGAGAUAAAAAUUCGCAAGGCACCACUUUUGUCCACUGACAUGAGGAAAAGUCAAUAUGACGAUUCCUCUGGAUAUGUUCAUAUAGGGCUGAGUAAAAGUGUUUGAAAGUGCUGGUGGAUCAGGUCUGUCUGACCUACUAGUACCCAAAAUAUAUCGGCUGGAUCAGCCACUCCUAGUGUCUGUCCUCUGUCCACUGUCGGAGGCAGUAUGCAGGGGAAGGUAGAAAAAACCCACCACUGUUGAAAAAUUCAGUAUUGAGAGUUCUUGGGCUUCUGGUCUCUUCAGGCCUCCUGUUUAUGGAUUGAUAGAAGGGCAAAGGUCUCCUCACAAUACCAUUUGUUUCACCAGAUUUCUACGGUGUGAGGUGGGCCCUGUGUCAUUGUUAACUGCUGCCUGAGUUGUCCAUAAAGCACAAGGUAUUUUGUGACAACCGGAGUGGGUGUAGUUGUGAAAAGUGUCUAAUCGGGACCCAGGGAAAUUUGAGUUCCUGUCCUCACCCAGCCAUGAAGCCCACUGGGUGACUUUGGGCCAGUCACACUUUGGACAUAACUAUCCUGGCUUCAUACCCCAUGCUUUUUGAAUUCUGGCUAGUAACAGAAAGCCACAGUUUCGUGUGUAAUGGGAAACUGUGGUUUGGUUCACCAGUAUUAACGCAGGAAGCUGCCUCACACAGAAUCAGAGACUGCCGGUCCACCUAGCUCAGAAUUGCCUACGCGGGCUAUCGGCGACUCUCCAGAGUUUCAGAUCUGAGACAUCACCACCAGCCCUACCUGGAAAUGCCAGGGAUUGAACCUAUGGCCUUCUGCUUGCAAGGCAGAUGU